CUUCGCUUUUUUAUUUGUAGUCAUACGCGUUCUUCUGAGGAGGAAAAGAAACACAGCGAAUAGAACGAAAAUGCGUUCUUCUGCGGAGGAGAAGAAAGGCACAGAAACAAACGAAAAGAAGACAGGAAAAGAAAAAAGAAUUGAGAGAGAAGGGAGAAAUUAAGGACGGAGAGAGAUCAGAGAUUGGGUCGCUAUAACUACCACCGCCGGAGAUACCAAAUUCCAUUCACGAAUUGGCGGUCAUCGCCGUCCGUCUGUCUGCGGAGUUGGCCGCUAAAAUCUCCGCAGGAGAUCCUACACACCAGAAGACGGAAACUUGCCGGCGUUGAGGAUGCAUUUGAAGGAGUUGGAAUUGAAAGUUGCAGGAUUUUAAUCCACAAAUGUGAUGCCUUCAACCCAAUAAAGUAUGGGGAAGCAAAGGGAACAAAAGAAGAAACCUGGUGGAGGAAAGUCUCAUGGUUCAAAUAAGCAGCAGCGGAAGAAGAAAACAUGCGAGGACAGCCAAAGACCAUAUGAUAAAGACACUAUGGCCUUCAUAUCUCUGUCGCAGGAACUCAAAGAGGAAGGCAACAGGUUGUUCCAGUCGAGGGAUUACGAGGAGGCAAUGUUUCUCUAUGAAAAAGCAAUCACCUUUCUACCCAGGAACCACCCAGACGUUUCUUACCUCCACAGUAACAUGGCCGCAUGUUACAUGCAGCUUGGCGAAAGUGAGUACCCCAGAGCCAUACACGAAUGCAAUUUGGCUCUCGAGGUCGACCCCAAGUGCACUAAGGCUCUUCUAAAGAGAUCCCGGUGUUACGAGGGUUUGGUUCGGCUCGAUUUAGCUCAACGUGACGCUAUGCGGGUUCUGCGGAUCGAGCCGAAUAACUUCAUGGCAGCCGAGAUCGUCGAGAGAGUCAAAGCAACUAUUGAUUCGAAUGGAGGGGCUGCUGACAUUCCAGUGGAUCUGAUUCCUGUUCCUGAGUAUGUAGAACCUCCAGUUGCCCCCACUUUAUCAAAGUCAUCCAAGGGUAAGGCCAGGAAGAAGAAAUGCCUCCUGAAGAUAGAGAAGAAGAAAGGGAAUGAUGGUGAUGGAAAUGGUAGGAAAAGGAGGAGAAAGAAAGCUAAGAAGAAAGUUAGAUAUGUGGGAAAGGCUAGAGACAAUGAAGAUAUGGAGGAUCAAGAAUCUGAAGAUAUCUUCCUAAUUGGAAGUGGAAUUAAUGCUCAGAAGGCUAAAGAGAGAAUAGAAGGAAAGGAAUUUAACAAUGCAUUUCGUCAUGAUAGUGACUUGAGUGGUGAUGAUGAGGAUGAGUCUCUUCCGGGCAAGAAUGUUGAAUACAACCGUUUUGAAGUACUAAAUGAUGAUAGCAAGGAAGAGGAGGAAGAAGAAGAAGAAGGAAAACCUGAAAUAGGAAUAUAUGAUCUCAGUGUGCAAAAGAACAAGAACAAGAGAGUUCCCAGGGGAAAACAAGUUGAGGAAAGAAGGGCAGAAGAUAAAUUGGUUGUUCGGGAAAUAAAGAACUGUAAUAACCACAUCCGGAAGGGAGAGUCAUCAAGUAGAAGAGUGAAACUGAUAUAUGGAGAUGACAUAAGAAUAGCUCAUGUUCCAACCGAUAGUGACAUUUUGGGGCUGAGGGAGAUUGUAUGCAACCGCUUUCCGAACUGCAAAUCCAUUCUUAUCAAGUACAAGGACGAAGAAGGCGAUUUGGUCACUAUCACAACGAACGAAGAGCUUCGGUGGGCCGAAACAUCAUCUUCAUCUCAGCAUUGUCUCACCAGACUGUUUAUCAUCGAUGUUAAUCCAGGCCAAGAUCCUCUUCUGGAGGAGAAAAUCAAAAGAGAAAAGGCAGAACAAGAGCGUAAACAAAAUGAGCAAACAAUAACCGACCCCGAAAAUGAUAGUGACCUAUUACAGAUUACAUCUUCUUGUGUUGAUGAUUGGAUCAUUCACUUUGCUUAUCUGUUCAAACAACAUGCUACUGGGAUUAAAUCAGGUGACUGUUUUUUGGGUUUGCAUGAUGUGGGCGUGAAGGCUUACUCUGAGGCUAUGGAAGAGACAGUGACCAGUGAAGAAGCUCAAGACAUUUUUAGCACGGCUGAAGAAAAGUUCCGGGAAAUGGCUUCCCUUGCCCUCUUCUCUUGGGGGAAUAUUCACAUGUCUAAGGCAAGGCGAAGGGUCUUUACAGAAUAUAGCGCAACGACAGUAAGAGAAGACGACCAUGAGUGGGCUCAGAAGGAAUACUCCAUGGCUGGAAGAAGAUUCGAAGAAGCACUAAAGAUAAAUCCAAGUUUUUAUGAAUGCAUUAUCGCUCUUGGACAGCUUCAGUUUGAACAGGCCAAACUUUCUUGGUAUCAUCAUUCAACAACAACAACAACAACCAGUGAUGAUCUUUUGUCACUGUCGGCUUUAUCAGAAGAAGUAUUGCAGCUAUACAGAAAUGCUGGGAAAAACAUGGAAAGAGGUAUACAUAUGUGGGAGGAGGCCCUAGUGCAGCAUCUCAUUGAAGUCACUAACGAAAGUGAGACGGACAGAAUCUUAGAGGAAAUGAAGUUGGGGAAUCUUUUUAAGGUAAUAUCUGCAGAGGAAACUGCCGAGCUGGCUGCGAAUAUUAGGUCUCAAGUUAAUCUUCUGUGGGGUACAAUGCUGUACGAGAGAUCAGUGUUGGAGUUCAAAUUGGAACUACCUUCUUGGCAAAACUGUUUGGAGGCUGCUGCUGAUAAACUUGAACUUGCAGGAGCCUCUCCUGAAGAUAUUGCAGUCAUGAUAAAGAACCAUUGUUCCAACUCUUUACAAGGAGUGGACAAUGUUGAAGAGACGGAACAAGCAUGGAAUGAGAUGUAUGAGGCAAUUAGGUGGCAAAUGGACAUUCCUGCUUUACAUUUGGAGUCAUUGCUUCAAAAACGAGUUGCCAACACGCAUCAUGCAGCCCUGGACCCUGCUUGAUCGGCCGGCCUCUGACCCGAACCAGCAUGAGUCUGAACAGCAGCGCUACGGUCCGGCCCAUCCUUCUGCCUUCUGCAGCCUGUUUCAGUAUUUGUAUAUAUACUACGUAGUAUGUAAGUACUUAACCACACAUAUAGCGAUAUGCAUUGUUUUCAUUACUAAAAGAAAAAAAGAUGAUGAAGAGUCAGUCUCAAAAGUUUCGAUGUACUCCGUAGUAUUUUAGUUUUGUUUGCAUGAAAGGGCUUGAUCUUU